UUUUUCUUUCUUUCUUUUUUUUUCUUCCUGAUUCUUUUCGUUCGAUCUACUUUUGAAACUAUUGAUCAUGUCGGACAACGAAUGGCAUACUGUCAGUAACCAUAAACCAAUAGCUCAUUCUCAUGGCAACAAGAACUAUCGACGUCGACAAUCUAAACAAUUAGCCUUCUCUAGUGGUAGUACCAGCAAGUCCAUGUCAAAAUCUUUGUCAAAGUCCUUCCAAAAUCUUAGUUUUAAACCUUCUUUUGAUGACAAGAUCCUUUCUCAAACAAAUCCUUACCAUUUACCCGAAGACGAUGACUCUGAUGUAGAAGAAGAAGACGAAGAUCAAGUGGAUCCUAUUGAUAUACCUCUUCCUCCUUACCAUAUUACUCUGGUGAUCAACUGUCCUUUUGAUGAUUGUUCGGCCGUGGCUCCCUUUUUGGAUACUACUGCUUUGGUUCAACACUUGAAAACUGAACAUUCUUUAGUUUUUCUCAAUUUGCAUCAUAUGUAUAUGGCCUUGGACGCCUAUUUAUCUCGAUGGGCAAGUGUAUUACGAACAGGUGACACUCUACAAGAACAUGCGGUAUUGGAUACAGAUGUCUAUGUUAUUGAUCCUAGUCAAUCUGAUUUGGAUAAAAAGAUCCGUGAAGAUAUCCAACUAGAAAAAUUGAAUGAAAUCCUCAAGAUACAACAAAGGGAACGAGAAUAUGAUUCGAAACAACCUCGGAAAUGUUUGUUUUGUAAAAUUGUGUGUGAUUCAAGAACACUACUUUUCAAGCAUAUGUUUUCCGAACAUAACUUCAAUAUUGGUCUACCUGACAAUCUAGUAAAUGUGAACGAAUUUUUGGAUCUUUUGGAAACAAAAUUGACAAAAUUACAAUGUCUUUAUUGUGAAAAAACUUUCACAAGUCCAGCUGUUUUACGAAAGCAUAUGCGUAAGAAGAAGCAUUUCAAGAUCGCAUCCAAGAACCGUCAAUAUGAUCGCUUUUAUGUCAUCAACUAUUUGGAACCUGGUAAAAAUUGGGAAAAUUUUGAACAUGAUCAUUUUGAUUCAGAUGAUGAAAAGAAAGAUGAAUCAUGGGCCGAUUGGGAAGAAGAAGUCUCGGAACCUACUAUGUGCCUAUUUGAUGAUCAAGUUCUACCUUCACCAAAGGAAGUACUCUUGCACAUGAAAACAACUCAUGCCUUUGAUCUCUCUGCCAUACGAAAAGAAAAGGGAUAUGAUUUUUACAGAACCGUGAUUCUGAUCAAUUAUAUUCGACAUCAAUCUUCUCUAUCCAAAUGCUUCUCUUGUGGUGAAAAAGUGCAAGAUUUCUCCAAUUUGGUCCGUCAUAUGGAAAUCAAAGGUUGUAUUCAAGCAUUUGUAUCUGAAGAUGCUGAGUUCUGGAAGGAUCCAAGAUACAUGCUUCCUAUUUAUGAAAAUGAUCCUUUACUUACUGGAUUCGAUGAUGACGACGAAAGUGAUGUGGAAAAGGACUUGAUGUUAUCUGAUGAUGAAGCCAACAAGAAAUACAUGUCUAAGGUCAUGUCUUUAUCUUUGGAACAAUCCGAUCUCUAGUAGCUUAGUUUAUUUAGUUUAGACUUUAUGUAUUUUAUCUAUUUCAUCUUAUUUUUUUUUUUUUUUAUCUCUAGCACAUAUUCAAUAAAAUGGCUAUCGCCCUUUAAG